AUGACCAAUGAUAAAGCCGAGGACAGACCCAACGUGAUUACAGGUAAUGUAUCCAUUUUUCAGCAUGAUGCAUAUGUUUUGAUAGACUCAUUGUCAGAGAGAUCUUUUAUUAGUACUGCAUUCUCAUGUCAUGCCGUUAGGAUAGCCUCUCCAUUAGAUUGUGACCUUCUGAUCCAAACACGUCCGGGUGAAGAGAUUGUCAGAGAGGUAGUUUUUCAAGGAUGUCCUAUUAAGGUGAAGGGUAUAGAUUUUAAGGCAGAUCUGAUUCCAUUGGAAAUGCGAGAUUUUGAUGCCAUACUUGGUAUGGAUUGGUUGAAUAGGCAUAAGGCUGUCAUUGACUGCUUCAGGAAAGAAGUGACUUUGCAAAUCUCUCAUGGACCUAGUAUUGUGUUUGAGGGUGAAAGGAAGGUUCUUUCGAGAUGUGUCAUAUCUUCUGUACAAGCAAGGAAACUUGUGCGCAAGGGAUGUGAAAUAUACCUGGCUCACAUAGUAGAUACAAGAAUUAUUGGACCAAACCUCAAGGAUGUCCCCAUUAUUCAAGACUUUGAGGAUGUAUUUCCUGAGGAAUUGCCUGGAUUGCCUCCAGAUCGAGAGUUUGAGUUUGUUAUUAAUUUGAUACCGGUUGCUUUUAUGGAUCUAAUGAACAGAGUCUUCAGACCUUAUCUCGACAAGUUUGUAAUUGUCUUCAUCGAUGACAUUUUAAUCUACUCAGCAACCGAAGAAGGGCAUGCGCAACGUUUGCAUAUAGUAUUGCAGAUCCUUCGAAAAGAGAAGUUGUAUGCUAAAUUCUCAAAGUGUGAGUUUUGGUUUAAUGAAGUGGUCUUCCUAGGACAUGUGGUAUAUGGAAAAGGAAUCUGUGUGGACCGAAAGAAAGUUGAAGCAAUUAUUGAUUGGGAACAACCAAAGAGUGUGUCUGAAGUUCAAAGUUUCCUUGGUUUGGCGGGUUAUUAUCGGCAUUUUGUGGAGGGGUUUUCUCAGAUUGCUGCACCUUUACCAUGGUUGACUAGAAAGGAGUUUAAAGUAUUUGUUUACUUAAAAGAAGCUGAACUUGAGGCAGAGAAGUGGCUAAAGUUGAUCAAGGAUUAUGAUUUGGUGAUUGACUACCAUCUAGGGAAGGCCAACGUGGUAGCAGAUGCUGUAAGUAGGAAAACUUCAACUUCUUUAGCUUCUGCUACAACAUCUUAUUGGUAUCAACUUGCAGUUCUUCGAGACAUGGAUGUGAGACUUAAGAUCGAGCCAAAGGGAUUUCUAUUGGAAACGUUUUUGGAAAGACCAUUAUUACUGGAGCAUAUUCAAGAAUCUCAAAGAACAUAUGAAGAGUUAAUGAAGGAAAUACAAAGGCUGGAAAAAAAGUUUUGGCCUAAGUUUCAUCGGGCUCUUGGGACAACUUUGAGAUUCAGUACGGCAUGCCAUCCUCAGACAAAUGGCCAAUCAGAGCAUAUGAUCCAGACACUUGAGGAUAAACUGAGGGCUUAUGUUCUCAAUUUCCAAAGAAGUUGGGACAAGCAUUUACCUCUUGUGGAAUUCAUUUACAACAAUAGUUUUCAUGCAAGUAUUGGUAUGGCUCCUUAUGAAGUUUUGUAUGGGCAUAAGUGUUGA